GAGGAAAUAUAAUAGUAUACUGUCGAGGAUUAUCCGUUGCCGCGAGUAAUACAAUCUGAUGUGAUAAAUUAAAAAACAAAGCUGACCCUUAACAGUUAUUUGCUUAUCACAUAUAUUCUGGCAGGAUGAAGUAGGUAUGUAUAAUUCAGAAUUUAAAUGAUGCUGGUUCCACCGAUCACGUAUAGAUAUGGCUUCCUUGUUUCUAAUCUCCCCAGAUGCAUGUUCAAGGCUCCCUCUUCGUUUCUGGGAUAAAUUUUUAUUCCCACAUAUUGUCAACAGCCAUCGUGUUUCGGUCCUGAGAGUAUUUUCAAAGCUCGCGUUGGUGUAUUCAAGUGCGUAUAGGAUUUGAUCUUCAGUGAGCAGAGAGCGUCUAAUACAUAUAGUUCCCAGUCGCGAUAGUAUAGCCUAAUAUUUCAAGGUAGUCGCUACAAGUGGUGUCCGCUAUAUUCACAACUGACAGUGGCUGCAAAUGACUUGCUGCCGUCUUGCACAAGUAUUUAUAUAUUGAAAGGUAGGCCUUUACAUUCUCUCUUUGAUCUUGUUUUUCUGUCACUAUUUACGAAUACAUCUCCCAAUUGAUAAUUUGAUAUCCAUGGGUUAGCUGCUUCAACACCAAUAUAGGACACUGUCCCGACGCUAUCCGCAUAGCCGAGCACAGGAACUGGCAGAUUGCACGAUAGUGGGCCGCGAAACGUGUUAUUGGCGUAUAGGCUGCUUAUUAUUGGUUCGGAGAAGCCCUAAUGGUUUCUUUAAUUUCUUUGACUCGGGAA